AUGGAAGUGUCAUCAAGUGAUUCUGAUAACAAUCCAGAAGUGCCUCAGGUAAAAUAAUAUUUUAACCACCUAACAGAUAUUACUAUAUUUUAUAUAUUUAUGCCAUUUUUAUGAUAAACUAGCCAUCUUACCUUGCUCUAGAAAUCCAUAAUAUUUAAAUAAGAAAUAACUUACAUAAUCAACUUCUAAAAUACCAAGAUAUUAACCAGGAAAAUAAAUAGCACAUAAUACAUUGAAACAAAUAUGAACAAUUUUAAAUUUAAGUUAUGAUUUACCUAUUAAAAAUUNAUUACCUAGUCAUUUACUAUUUAAAGAAAUAAAACAAUUAAUAUUAUGAGAAUUAUUUCAAAAUAUCAAUCAAAGUUAAUGUAAUCCAAAUGGUCAAAUAAAAACAUUUUUCAUUAUUUUACAUAUUUUUUUUUUUAUAGAUAAAUAUAAAACAAAUGACCAAUAAUAAUUCAGAAAUUGUUAAAAUGUUAAGGCUUUCAGAUUGGUCCUCUGAACAAUGGGCAGAAAAAAAACAAAAAUAUACUUGGCUUCAUUGUCAGAAUGGACUUUUGGGGUGUACAACUUGUUUUGAAGUUAGUAACUUAAAAACAUUUAUAAAUGGAGAUUUUGAAAUUUCCAAAGAAUGGUCAUCGUGUCAAAUUAAUGGGGGUAAUGCAUUAAAAAAGAAACUAGACUUACUAGCCUUCAGAAGAAAAUAA